AGGAACUGUCUUCGUUCCAUUUGAGGUUACUGAAUACAUUGCCUAUGGCAUCUGAUAAAGAUCAGCUGAAAAGCAAACCUUUGAAGAAAGGUGCCAGCCAAGGAAAGAUGGACCCCAUGCAGCGUGCCAGACACUUGGCUUACGUGCAGCCCAGCAAAUCGGUAGCAGCAUCAAUAGCCGUCACCCAGAACCGGCUGAAGGAGCAUGCCCUCAGGUCCCAGUCAGAGACACAAAAACGGAUCCCAGACCUCGACCAAGAGAGGCAAGCCAAGGUGGUGGGCCAGCUGAAGGCCGCAGAAGCUCGAAACCGAAUCCGCCUCAUGAGAUUCCGCUUCCAGUACAUGAGAGCUCAGGAACUGAACAAUCUCAUCUCCCUCCAACCUACUGCCCUGGAUGCCAUCAGACUGGAAGUAUUCCUGCCACCUAGGGCACGUGCAGUAGACACGUGUGACACAUUACAACGCUUUCAGAGGGAACAUAUAGAGAAUCUCCUAAAGGAUGAACGAGGACUCCUCACUAAUCGUAUCCCAUGA